GCGAGCAGGCCGUCAGGCGGGUUGUUCCCGGAGGGGGCUAUCAUUAAAGGAACCGCCAUCCUAAUGCAUCAGGGGUUAGAUCUAGGGAUUGUCAAGAUCGAUUUCGAGAUCAAUACGCCGUCUGGGAGAGUCGCUGCAGUGGCUCUGGAGGUGCCUGGUCACGCCCCGCUUCUAUUGUAUUCUGGCUACUUAGAAGACAAGGUAGGUUUGAACGAGACUAACCUCGCCUUGCUUGCGCGGGUCGCGCAGCUCGCGCAGGAGCACCGCCUGCCGCCGGGG